UCACCAGGAUAAAAAAACUACCUUAUUAUACUCACAUGACUCUAUUUUUGUUGCAUGCAAGAUUUAUUUCAACGUUUGUAGUUUUCUCUACGUUAUAGAAAGUGUUUUAAUUUUGCUGUUUUGUCUAUAAUAUUGUUUGGCUGCGGAGCGUCGUCCGUAACAAUAUUUAGCUAAUUGCAAUCAAAAGUAAUUCCACUUCAGAAGAACAUCAGGAAUUUAGCAUUCAUUGCUAAAAAUGGGUUGUUGCGAAAGUUGCAUGGGAAAAAAUGACGACGAACCAAACGAACGCACAUCAUUGCUUGGGCCGUCAGGAAACGCCAUUCCUGUAAACUCUGCCGAUCCGAUAUCAACACCUUAUGAUUACGACCCCACCCCGGUUGGCAGUAUAGCCCACAGUAAACUGGAUGAGCAGUCUAUGUUUAAUGGAAUCAUCACACAAUAUAAUAAUGAAAUCAUUGACAUUACAUCAAUGGAUACAAAGAUUGAUGCUGUUGAGUACAUGAACAGAGUUCAAUUAUACAAUCGUAAAGUUGCUUCACUCACAAGUGGUUCUCGAUACAAACAAAAGCAUCUUCACUCUUCAGGAAAUAAUCCAACGAAUGUUUUAAAAUGUCCAUCAGUUCCCGUGGAUGAUUUGAUACUGAUAACAGAAGUGGCUGAUGAGAUCAGGAAAGCAAUGAACGAUUUUAAAGUUGAGAAGCAACAAGAACUAGUGUUAAGUUUGGCACGUCGGUAGCAAGAAAGUUUCUUGGUGGUCUCUGGUUGGAACACAGAGUGGAUGUGUUUCCUUGUUGUGCAAUUCCAUAUUAUUGCUGAAGAAAUUGAUACCGUGCCGAACUUUUGUGGGCACAUUGUGUAGCAUCAUAUUGGUUAAAUAUGAUGAUUAACAUUUGUUAAGCAUUUAAGUUUAACAAAGAUGGUUUUGCAUUGUUUGUUAAGCAUUUAAGUUCAACAAAGAUGGUUUUGCAUUGUUUAUAAAAAAUGUUACAAAUAUUAUUCAGUGAAAAACAUAUUCGAAUGCAAAAUACAUUUACUUUUAUUACGAAUAA